GCCUGUUCCAAACGGAACAAACGUACUAAAAAAAAAAAAAAUGAAUGAUUAUAAAUUUGUUCGUCAGUCAGUCAAUUUCAAAUUUUUUUAUAUUAUUGUGAUUUUAUAUUAAGAAUAUAUUAUUUUACCAGACGAAAUGUCCACUCGCUGGUAUCCCAUAUACCAGAGAGGUAAUCCACAACUUAGGGUAUUUCUUCCCAACUUUUGGAUGAAAUUAGUUCACCCUCCACCUAAGCAAUUACCCAAUACUGUGCAUUUUCAUUGUUCUAUGGAAAUGACUAAAUAUGAUAUAAGGAAUUAUUUAGAGAAAAUUUACAAUGUCCCGGUAAUUGAUGUGAGAACAAAGAUUAUACUAGGCAAAUUCCGUAAAGACCUUGGCAAGGGUUAUGUAGUGAAAGAUGAUGAUAUAAAAUAUGCCUAUGUGACAUUGCCCAAAGAUACAAAAUUUGUAUUUCCUGAUAUUUUUGAAAAAUCUAAGGAUGCUGAUGAGGAGCAUUUAAAAUCAUUAGAAGAAGCAAAAAAAACCUUCAAAAACUACAUACAUCGUAAUAAGUCGAGACCUGAUGUUCCAAGUUGGUUUUCUAUAUAAAAUAGGUUUCCAUAUUUGAUAGGUAUAUAAAGAAUAAUGUACAAAUAUUUGAUAGGUAAUUAAAUGGUAUAGACAUUAUAA